AUGACGUACGAGCAAUACCGGGGUUGGAUCUUGGAUAACUGUCCCUCGUUCGGGACGGGGCCUUUUAUCGACCUCCUGGCGGGCUCUGCCUCCGGAGGAACGUCUGUGUUAUGUACAUAUCCCUUGGAUCUGGCUCGGACGAAAGCUCGCUCACCAGGUCGGCAAUGGGCAAAACCUUUGCAUGGUUCCGUUGAAAAUCGUCAUUCUCGACCUCGACAUUUGAGGCUUCGCGAUAUCUUCAGGGAUGUCUAUCGAGAAGGCGGAGUGCGCGCUUUCUAUCGAGGCAUAGGUCCAACAUUCGUCGGGAUUCUUCCGAAUGCCGGCUUGAAGUACUACAUCUACGAGGAGCUCAAGCUCAAGAUUCCUGAGGAUCGCCAAGAUUCGAUCGCCAUGCGCCUCUCCUGUGGCGCUCUGGCUGGGUUGUUCGGGCAGACAUUCACGUACCCAUUGGAUGUCGUGAGGCGACAAAUGCAGGUUGAGAAUGUGGUACUGGGCAAGGCCCGGAUCAAGAACACCGUAGAAGGUCUUUCAAACAUUGUUCGCAAUCAAGGGUGGAGACAAUUAUAUGCCGGUUUAAGCGUCAAUUACAUCAAGGUGGUGCCUUCAGUGGCCAUUGGGUUCACAGCAUAUGAUGUGCUCAAGUCCUGGAUGCAUUAUUCAACCCAGCAAAACGCUCAUCACUCGUCAUCUUCGAAUGCACAAAAUUAAGGAGCAGAGAAAAUAGUCGUCCGAUGCCCGAUCACGAUGA